AUCAUAGUUCUGUCUGUGCGUUCUGGGGGGGAAGCAUUUCUGCAGAGAGAGUAGGAGGUUCUGCUUCAACUCUGAUCACCUGUAAGCUCUUUGUUCCCUGUUGGUUUGCACACACGCACAGCUCAGUAAUAUCCCUCGCACCUUCCUUCCCUCCCGUAUGGGACAGUCAGGGAAUUAGCCGACCUGCUCGCGCGCAAUAAGCCAGUGGUUCCGGGGGCGCGCAGGGAUUGUCCACCAUCUCAGAUCGGUGCAAUGUCUUAUCAUUCAUCUGCAUAACAGUCCAUUUCUUCCUUUGCCAGCAUUGGUGUCAGAUUUGCAAAGAGUAAAACUGGAUUUUUCAAGCUCCGGCUCGCACCUGGAAUGUAAUGCAGUCAAUCAAGCGUGCUUCAGACGGCUUACAUUUAAGGGCUAGAAUGACAUAAUAGGGAUGAAACGGAAAAGAGUGUAUAUCCUUCAUUGCAGCUAUGAGUGAGUCAUCGUCCUUUCACUCAACAACGCUUGUUUCCUUGGCCCGAUCACUAUCUGGGUUUGGCCUUGAUGCUGUCAAUGGAGGACCUGUCAGCCCAUCUGACAGCCAUGAGCCUCCACUCCCGGAGUCUGGCAUCGAUUUAGGACCUGGCCUUUUUUUCGCUGAUGGCAAGAGAAAAGUGGACUAUAUUCUAUGCUACAAAUACAAAAAAAAGUCUGCCUCUAAAUCAAGGCUUUCCAUUACUUCCAAUGGGAGUGUGCCAAUUACAAUACCAAGUCGACUGGAAGCAGAACCAGAGCUUGGAGAGGUGGGGGCAGCUGCAGGAGAGCCAGAAGAAUCAAAGCUGUCCGAGGAGGAAAAGGCUUUGAUGAGGCAGGAAUUUGAAGCGGGAUUGCUGGAGGCUGGACUACAGAUUGAGCGAGAUAAAGAGAGGUCUAAAGGUAUUGGGUUCAUUCGGUUGCACAUCCCCUGGCCAAUACUCAGUCGAGAAGCAGAGCUGCAGAAGAUCAAAGUUGCUGUAAAAAAGAAAUGCGAAUUGCGGAAGAGGUCUGGCGUUGCUGGAAUGUGGGAUUCUGUUGUCACCAAGCUGAACAGCCCCUUUCAACCUGACGUCCCUGACACUGACAUCCACAAAGACUCCCAGUCUAGAGUCUACUUCAAAACCCUGAAACACCCAUUCAUCAGAGAUAAACUCCACCUGUAUGACAUCAAGUCAACAGCAACCCUUUUUGACAAUGCAACACGGAGCAGAAUAGUUGCUGAGAUUAUUUCACGCAGUACAUGCACAAACACUUGCCAAACUACUGGCAUCAACUCAUUGCUGGCUCGAGGUGUUUACGACUCUGCCUACCCUCUGCAUGAUGGCUCGUUCACAAGGAGAGGAGGAAAAGAGCAGCGUAAUGACAGACAGAUUCUUCAUGAAGAAUGGGCCAACUAUGGAGUCAUGUACAAAUAUCAGCCUGUUGACUUGAUCAGGAAGUAUUUUGGAGAGCAGAUUGGGUUGUAUUUUGCCUGGUUGGGUGUUUACACUCAGCUCCUUAUUCCUCCCUCUGUGCUGGGCAUCAUUGUCUUCCUGUAUGGCAUAUUCACUGUGGACACCAAUGUGCCAAGUCAGGAGACAUGCAAUCAUAACCUAAACAUCACGAUGUGCCCGCUGUGUGACGCAGUGUGUGACUACUGGCAUCUAAGUACAGUGUGUUCACUGGCCCGAGCUUCGUACCUGUUUGACAAUGGAGCUACUGUCCUGUUUGCCAUUUUCAUGUCCCUGUGGGCUGCCUGUUUUCUUGAGCACUGGAAAAGGCGGCAGAUGUGUCUGAAACAUACCUGGGACCUGACGAGCCUGGAAGAUGAGGAGGAGCGGGUCCAGGAUGAGCUGAGACCUGAAUACGAAGAAGCUCUUCAGGAAAAAAAAGCAAAGAUUAAAGCUAAAUCUAAAAAACAGCUGAGUAAAGCUGGAGAAGGUGUAGAUAAAGAAACAGACCAGAUGCUGACCUCUCAGCAAGAGCCCGAGUCACUGGACAUUGAAGAUCACCUGUCAGGUUAUCUCAUCAAUGUGUCCACUCUCCUGCUUUUGAUCUUCGUAACCUUUUCAGCCGUGUUCGGGGUGGUGGUGUACCGGAUCUGCAUGUUAAGCGUGUGGUCCAUGAACCCCGACCCUGAAGCCAAGGCCAGUGUGAGGAUGACGGUGACCACCACAGGCAUCAUCCUCAACAUGCUGGUUGUUUUGGUGUUGGAAGAGGUUUACGGAGCAAUUGCUGUGUGGCUGACCGAGCUCGAACUUCCCAAAACAGAGGAGGAGUUUGAAGAGAGGUUAAUCUUUAAGUCUUUCUUCCUCAAAUCAAUGAACGCCUUUGCACCUAUUUUCUAUGUUGCCUUCUUCAAGGGCAGAUUUGCUGGGCGGCCCGGUGAUUAUGUUUAUGUCUUUGGUGAUUAUCGCAUGGAGGAAUGUGCUCCUCCAGGAUGCCUCAUUGAGCUGUGCAUCCAGCUCAGCAUGAUCAUGCUCGGAAAGCAGCUCAUUCAAAACAACGUCUUUGAAAUUCUCAUUCCUAAGCUAAAAAAGAUGUACAGAACAAUACAGGAACAAAAGGGAAUGAAAAGAGAAGAGGAUGAAGAGAAUGAAGAGGAGAGGAGACCAAAACAACAGUAUCACAAAGAUUUCGCCCUUGAACCAUUCGAGGGGGUCAGCCCAGAAUACAUGGAAAUGAUCAUUCAGUAUGGGUUCGUGUCGCUCUUUGUGGCUUCCUUUCCCUUGGCGCCGGCCUUUGCUCUGCUCAACAAUGUCAUAGAGAUUCGCCUUGACGCCUCUAAAUUUGUCACAGAAAUCCGGCGGCCUGAUGCCGUGAGGUGUAAAGACAUAGGGAUUUGGUACAACAUUCUCUGUGGCAUCAGCAAGUUCUCUGUCAUUACCAAUGCAUUUGUCAUCUCAUUCACCUCUGAGUUUGUUCCAAAAAUGGUUUACAAGUACAUGUACAGCGUUAAUGGCACCAUGAGCGGCUUCACAGAGCAUUCGCUGUCCUACUUCAAUGUCAGUAACUUCCCUCCUGGCACGGCACCAACCACCACACUUAUCACUGGAGUGACCAUGUGCAGAUAUAAGGACUAUAGAGAUCCACCAUGGAGCGCAGACCCGUACACAUUCUCCAAAGAGUACUGGUCUGUCCUGGCCGCAAGAUUGGCUUUUGUAAUAUUUUUCCAGAAUCUUGCCAUGUUCCUUGGCAUGUUGGUUGCAUGGAUGAUCCCAGAUGUUCCACGAUCCUUGCGGGAACAGCUGAAAAAAGAGAACAUGGCGUUGAUGGAAUUUUUGCUCAAUCAAGACCAAGAAGCUUGUGGCAAAAAUCCAUCCUCAAAAACCUCAAUCCCCUGCUUGUCUGCAAACAUAGACAUUGUGGUGGAUGCUCCACCAGAAGACAUGCCAGAACUGGCCUGGGGGGAGAAAAAAGAAGAAGAAGAAGAAAAACCUGCGGUUGAGAUCAACCCCAUAAGAUCUGAUAACAGCAAACCACCAGAAGAAGAAGAUGAACACAAUGACAAAGAAGAAAAGGGAGAUGAAGUAGAAGGUGAAAAUGAGGUUGCAGAAGACAUAGAAAAAAAACAAGAAGAGGAGGAUGGAAAAGUAGAUGAAGAGGAAAAAGAUCAAGAGGAGGAGAAGCCGAGAAACGAAGCUGAAAGUGACGCAAAGGAAGCGGAGAGUGAAAACUUCACUGUAGAUCUGGACUCCUUCAUGAGUGAGAUGGGGCUUUUAGAUGAAGAUGCCUCAUCAAACACACCUGAGCCUCCUCGCUCAGAUUCCUCACAAGAUCAAAAGAACGACAAGGAACCGCUGUCACAUCCUUCGUCCAACAGAGGCUCCACUCAGAGUCUGAGGAACUCCAGAGGAGAAAUUACAGCCACGGAUGUUGAAACUAGGAUAUUUUCCCUAAUUGCUCCUCCUCCCAGAGAACCAGGCUCAAGGGCAAAGUCACGGUGCUCCACCCUGCCUUCCCGCCACAAAGGGGCAGAGGCUUGUUACAGCCUGCCGCGGCCCAGCCACUCCACCAGCCUCACAAAGUUUCAGCAGAAAUCCACCCUGGCUGCCCUCGUACCUUUGCCCUCUUCCUCAUCUGCUUCACCCAACCCAUUCUCUCCCCCACACACCCCUGUGUCGUCAUCCCCACAGUCGCCACUGGCUCCAAAGCCCCAAACCUCCAGGGAACUGUUUGUGCUGAAAGGCCCUCCACCACAGCUACCACGUUCCAGGGGCAAAAGCCGGUGCGCCACCCUACCUCCACGACAGAGACCCCCAGGUCCAGAGGAGCCUUCAAUAAAGCCAAGCCAUUCUACCAGCUACACAAAGCUUGAAGACCGCAUCCCACCUUCACCCAGUAAACUGAAGCAGAACACCACACAUGUAUGAGGGGGUCUGCAGGGUGAUAACAGGCGGGGGAGAGGAAGACCACACAAAUGAGGCUCGCUCUUUGUGCCUGGGACUACAUUCUUCUUUCUUUUGUUCUGCAAAUGGAUGAGGUGACCUCCAGAUUCAAAGGACUUGAUUUCUGUGUCCUCACACAUUUAAGCAUAGCGUUCAUAGCAACGUUGCUAUGAACAUCGACAUACUGAUAUUUUAUAUGACCCAAUGAGAUGAAACUGUCUCCCUUAUUUUGUGUGGGGGGGCUUUUUUCUGUGUGUGUGUGUUUAUUUCGCUCACUGCUGCAUCUCAAUAGCCACUGCUCUUCUUUUUUUUAUAGCUUAUGGUAUGAAAUGCAUCCGUUUUGCAGUAUAGACUAAGAUGACAAAAUAUGUCAAUUCUAGCAUCCACUCUAACACUUGUAGCUGUACUUAUUUUAAAUUUUUUUUGAUCAUUUUGAUAUAUAAUGUAAAACUCUAAUAAAAGCCUCAUUUGUUUUUAUA